CCACGCCAUUAAUUUUCUUAAUAUUUUUAAAUUUGGAAAUAUAAAUAAUAAAUAACAUAUCAAAAAUUAAAAUGGCAUCAAAGCUACCAAAAUGUGAAAUGUGCUGUAUAGAACAGGCAGUUGGAUGCUGCAAUACAUGUGGGAACAUUGGUGAAGCGUGUUUUGGAAUUCACAACACAGGAAAGUCAUUUCAAACUCACAUUCGAAAGAUGUAUGGAAAGGAUGGAUACCAUCCAAAGCGUAUUAUGUUUGAUAUCACAGAAGAGAUGUGUAUACGCCAUCCGAAUGAAAGAGCGUCAAUGUUUUGCAAAAAAGAUGAUUCUAUAAUCUGUGGUCGAUGUCUUCAUUCGGACCAUCUUUCAUGUGGUAAUGAGGUUGUUGAUUUGAGUCAAGAAUGUAAGCAGUUUGAUAACGAACAAACUAAUACUAUGACCGCAGCAUUGAAUAAGAUAAAGGAUGAAAGUAAGCGCAUGAAGCAAGAGGUUGACAAGCAGAAAGAAAGAAGUGAUACGCAUGCGGCUAAAUGCAAUUCAGAAUUGGAGCAUUUGGAAAUAAAACUGAAACGGAAAGUGGAAGAUGCGAUCAAUGGUGUCAGACAGAAAGCGCAUAAAUUUAACGAGGAAAACAUAAAAGCCUUUUCAUGCAUUUCUUCCGUUUGUGAAGAGAAAGUGUCUUGGGCUAUCAAUGAGGAAAGUAAACUCAACGAGUUUGUGAACAACUCGUUUACGGGUCGCAUUUACUUUAUGAGCCGGAAUUCUGAGAAGGAAAUUUCGGAGGUCAAAAGGCAGAUGAAAGAAGCUGAAUAUAAGAAUUCCUUUAAAAAUAUUUGUUUGAAUGAAAACAAGGUUGCCUUAAAGUGCUUGAUUGAAGACUUGAGUGAUGUUUGCGAACUUCUGGAGGAAGUUGAUGGAAGCGACGAAGGAACCACGUUCUCAAUCGGGAAUGCAACUGUCGAAAAUCAAAAAACGCGUUUGGAGCUUAUUGAAGACUUUAUUCAAGCGAAACUGGACAAAGAUAAAGCAGAAACGACAAGGGAGAAACUACGUGAUGAGCUGCAACAAGUGAAUCAGAAACUUGAUCAUUCAGAAAAGACCAGGCAGGAACUGUGUGAUGAGUUGAAAGAAGUUAAACAAGACCGUAAUAAUUCAGAAAAGACACGGAAAGGAUUCGAACAAGAUUUACAGAAAGCGAAACAGGACAUAGAGAAGUCUGAAAAGUCCAGGCAGGAACUGGGUGAUGAGCUGAAAAAAGUUAAACAAGACCGUGAUGCCUCAGAAAAGACAAGGAAGGGACUCGAACAAGAUUUAAAGAAAGCGAAACAGGACAUAGAGAAAUCUGUAAAGAAUGAGAAGGGGAUCGAAGAAGAGCUACUGCAAGUGCAACAGAGAUUGGACCAUUCUGAAAAGAUUAGGGAAGAGAUCGAACAAGACUUACUGCAGAUGAUACAGGGAUUGGACCAUUCUGAAAAGAUUAAGAAAGAGAUCGAACAAGUCUUACUGCAAGUUAAACAGGGAUUGGACCAUUCUAAAAAGUCCAGGCAGGAACUGCGUAAUGAGUUGAAAGAGGUUAAACAAGCUCGUGAUAGUUCAGAAAAGACAAGGAAGGGACUCGAAAAAGAUUUAAAGAAAGCGAAACAGGACUUAGAGAAAUCGGAAAAGUUCAGGCAGGAACUGCGUAAUGAGUUGAAAGAGGUUAAACAAGCUCGUGAUAGUUCAGAAAAGACAAGGAAGGGACUCGAAAAAGAUUUAAAGAAAGCGAAACAGGACUUAGAGAAAUCGGAAAAGCGCCCGGUAAGACCCUCCUCAUCUCGCCCGGUAAGACCCACCUGAUCUCCCCGAUCCCGGGUAGAAUCCUUCUUACGUGUUCGGGACGAAUAAAGAGGAAAACACCUAUACAUCGAUAUGAAUUCAACUAGCCAUUUACCACUCCUACUUAAGAACCAAACGACGGAUCGCGGAUCAGUAGCAGGAAGUUAUUACUAUAAACUUGUUGAAAGUCAUAAAAUAUGUUUGUAUACCAAUGCUUAUGUGUAUUACUCUUCACGACGCUGUCAUCAAAACGGAACUGCCGACAAACUGAAGGAAAGCCAAAGAAAGUGAAAAAGGACUGCCAGUAGAUUACAUUUAAUCAUCAGGUCUAAGACCUACUUGCCAGUUAGUAAAAAUGCAUUAAUAUAUAUAUAAGGAUUUAGGGACGAUGAGGAACUGAGGAGAUAUAAUGUCAUGUCUAAGAAAUUUAGGUAGUAUAAAGUUAACCAUACAGAACAAUCGGCCAAUAAUCUGAUAAUAAUUGGAAUUAUGCAUGCAAACAUACGCACUCGAUACUAGUGAAAAAUCUAGAAUUUACACCUACCGACAAGGUGCAAAUGAAAAUAGACACAGGAUACCCCCACGGUCAAAAUUGCGCCUUUAAAACACCGCAGCUUCAUUGAAAAAGCUUCACAAGAAAAGCCUUUAAAGAAUCUGCGAUCCCUUAUAUCGAUGAUAAGUUAAGCAAAAAUUCUAGAAGACACAGAGAAACAAGUACAGUACUACUUAGACAGAUAAUUUUAUAUUUACAAUGACAAAUGAUGCACGAACAAGAUAUUGAGAUAUUUUAAAAGGGCUGUACUCAGUAUAUAGAACUAGCGAAAAAUAUAUUGUCGAAUGCUGACAAAAACUUGGUAUCGAUGUGCACAAUGCAUUUAAACUUCAUAACUGAAGUACCAUAUAGUUUAAAAUUAAUUUGUUUUCGCAGUUUUGUCGUAUUUUUCCAUUAAAAAAGAUUACUAGUAUGUCUACCUAGUAGAAUUCAUUCCUAAUGCGUAUUUGGCUAGUCGAUGCUAUCACGUGAUAUAACCAAGUAAGGUAUAUAGCUUAAAUAUUCCAACCGUUUAGGGAAAGCCUUCGUAGCACAGUGGAUACAACACUGGGCUGCAAUUUUGGCAUAACCGGAUCGAACCCGGUCUCCGACUAGAUUUUUUUUUUACAUUUUGGUAUUUUUUUUACAGUUAUGAUAUGAAAGAGUAAACAUUUUAUCAAAUAAUUGUCCUGAGAUUCGUUACCAAAAAAAACCCUAUUUUUUGGUGCCAAUCUGGUGUACAUUCCCUUUAAAGCUCUGUUUGAUCUAUUAACUGCGUGUAUAAAUUGUGCAUAACACAUACCUUAUAAUGGCAGGGGUACUUUCCUCGGCUUAGGCUCGGGAGUUUCGGCGAGAUGUCAGAACCCUUUUGCCUUCUUCCCUUAAAGUGGCAAUAACAAAACCUUGUAAUGAUAAAUGAUCAAUAUUUCUGCUGAGGGAUUGACUCCUAAUUCAGCGAAGUGCGUGACAUGUGAAUGUUUGGAACAAAUAAUUGACAACGGAAGGCCUUAUGUUUUAGUUUUAGUUAAUGAUUUAGUUGUUCAUACAAAUAUUGACCAUUGAUCAAUAGUGCCAAUAAAAUGUUAUAAAAAUGACACUUCACCAACUCUGGAAUAUCCUUCGGUGAUCUUUAUUGAAUAUGUUUUGAAAAUGUUCUAUUGAUCAAUACUUUUAUGAGAUGUACUUAAAUUAUGUUCAUAUAAAUAUAUAUAUUCACUGAUUAUACCUCCAACGAAAUGAUAUACUAAUGAUUGUAUUAUUAUAUUAAUGAUUAUUAAUUGUGACAUAUUUAGACAGUGAACUGAACUUAUAAAUAUAAAAGAAGUUUCACUGAUUAUAUCUUCAACAUUAUGAUAUAUUAAUGAUACUAUUAUUAAAUUAAUGAUUAUUGAUUGUGGAGUAUGUGCUUAUUAUUUAUCUAAACAGAGAAAUGUAAUAAUAUAAGAAAAUCACUGAUUGUACCUUUAACAUGAUGCUAUAAUAGUGAUACUAUUAUUAAAUUAAUGAUCAUUGAUUGUGAAAUGUUAGCUUGUUGUUUAUUGAGACAGAGAAGUGUUCUUAUAUAUAUAUAUAUAUAUAUAUACAUAUUCACUGAUAAUACCUUCAAUAUGACGAUAUAUUAAUGAUAUAGUAUUAUUAUCUUUAUGAUUAUUGAUAGUGAAA